AUGACAUAUGGUGACCCCGACGUGAUCCUGCAUGAAGAAGGAUCUCGCAUGAAGAAGAGACAGCGGCGAAGCCGUGACAGCCGAAGACGAGCUGUGGAGACGGAGCCCGUGCUACCUGAUCCCCCUGUCCACCUUAACUGGACUCUGCUAAAUACUAGUCAGACUUGGAUCCAUGGGGAUAUCCAAGUAAGAUGGGAACCACCACCAACAGCUGAUGUUCAGAAGGGAUGGAUUACUCUGGAGUAUGAAUUGCAGUACAAAGAAGUUAAUGAGACAAAAUGGAAGGAGUUAGAACCCAGGCUCUCAACAAUGGUUCCACUGUACUCUCUGAAGAUGGGAAGAGAUUAUGAGAUACGAGUCCGAUCAUUUGGGGAGUUCAGUGAAAUCCUUUAUGUAUCUUUUUCUCAAAAAGGCAUUGAAUUUGUUCAUUGUGCUGAAGAAAUUGAGUUUCCGUGGUUCUUAGUUCUUAUCUUUGGAGCAGGUGGGCUGGCUGUAACACUGAUCUUAAUCCUGUGGUCCAAACAACCAAGGUUAAAAAUACUGAUUUUUCCUCCUUUUCCAUUUCCAAAGAUUAAAGGGAUUGACCCAGAUCUCUUGAAGAAAGGAAAGCUAGAUGAAGUUAACUCCAUCUUAGCCAGCCAUGACAACUACAAGACACAUCUAUACAAUGAUGACUAUUGGGUUGAAUUUAUUGAGUUGGACAUAGAAGACCCCAAAGAAAAGAACAGAGUCUCAGAUACCGACAGGUUCCUGAUUGAAGAUCAUCUGAAGUCGCAGAGUUGCUUGGGAGUGAAGAAUGAUGAUUCUGGACGGGCCAGUUGUUGCAAACCAGAUAUUCCAGAGACAGCCUUCAGUGCAAGUGACACAUGUGAUGCCAUCUCUGAUAUUUAUCAGUUCAGAAAGGUAACCAAAAAAGAAGAGGAUCUCUUGUGCCUUCAUAGGAAAGAUAAUGAAUCCCUUCCAAGUCUUGCCGACACAGACACCCAAAAGCUGCAUACUAAUGCUCAGUCCAAAAAUAGCCAGUUGCGGCCACCUUUUGCAGACAGCUUUGAAUCAGCUAGACCAUUGAUCCAUACCCAGCUAAGUAACCAGAAUUCGUUGACAAAUACUGACUUUUACACACAAGUGAGUGAUAUUACUCCAGCAGGCAGUGUUGUACUUCCACCAGGGCAGAAAUCCAAGGUGGGAAGAGCACAGUGUGAAGGCGGCACAGAACAAAACUUCACCAUGGACUACUUCUGUGAGGCUGAUAUGAAAAAAUGUAUUGCUGUGACUUCCCACGAAGAGGAUAAGCCACAUGUUCAGGAGCAAAGCUGUAAUGAGGACGCUUACUUCACCAUAGAGAACCUUACCACUACUGGCAUCAAUCUUGGAGCUUCAACAACAGAAACCCCAAGUUCAGAGAUGCCUGUCCCAGACUACACAUCUAUUCAUAUCGUUCACUCUCUACAAGGCCUUGUGCUCAAUGUAACUGCACUGCCUGUGCCAGGCAAAGAAUUUUACAUGUCUUGUGGUUAUGUGAGCACAAACCAGCUGAACAAAAUCAUGCCAUAGCUCUUCUUUGACUAGAUGUGUGCAGUAUUUCACAGCAGAGUCAGCUUGGGCUUGUAUACUGAAACCAAAAUGAAGUCUAAAAAUUUCUUAUGGUUCUUAUAAUUUUAUCUGAAAUGU